AAGUGUUCAAGGAUUGGAAGAAUCGACCAAAGCUGUCAGGGUUUGGACUCUCUGCCAAAAUCGAUUUUGGUCAUAUCUCUAUACUCUUGCUUCAGUUUGGAAAACCCUUUGGAGGUUUUCUUUAGUAUCUCAUCAAGGACAUGCUGUCCAAUUUUCAGCUUUGUUGAAGCAUUUCAGACCCCAACCGCAGGUACUUGUUGAGUGUGAAGGAGAUUCCAUAGAUAUGAGUGGAGAUGUUGGUUCUGUUGGUCGAAUAGUAAUUUCAGAUACUCCAUCUGGAAACCAUGACAUGUUCCUUGAUUUAAAAGGAACCAUAUACAAGACAACCAUAGUUCCUUCCAGAACAUUCUGCAUUGUCAACUUUGGACAGGCUGAAGCAAAGGUUUGUCUAUCAACUAUCCAGUUUGAAAUUCCUUCAAUGUCCUGUCUUUCUGUUGUUUAUCCGUACUUAUUUCUAACAGUCACGAAAAGGCGCUUGCCUCAAAAGAUUAUUGGUUAGUUUUCUGGUUUAAAGCGUUCCCCUGAUGGCACAUGUGUCUUAAGUAUUCUGAUGAAUAGUUAGGAAGAAAACAGAUCGUUACUAGAAGGAUAUUAGUUUUAGAUAACCUGAUGUACUGGGAAAAAGGAAGCGAAAAGUUGCUGUGUAAGUUCAGAUUAUAUCUUUUUGUGGACUUCGAUAUUUUUUGUACUUUAGAAUUGGAAAAGAAAAAGGAAUUACUUUGUUGUUUA